UAAUCUUCACCGUCAUUUUUGUUUUGUUGUCUACACAAGCUCUAUUCCCCAACGUUCUCCCUUUCCACUUCUCUCUGUUCCUCUCUUUCUUCUUCCUCUUUGUACUAAAAAAAAAAGAAAAAAAAAAAGCUCUUUGGACAAAAUUUUAAUUUCUGGUAUCAUGGCCACUUUUGAACUAUUUUUAGUACUCUUCUUGGCCAUCACUGGUCAUUCAAGUGGUUUGUACUGUAUUUGUAAAGAUGGAGUAAGUGACCAACAACUUCAGAAGAAUAUAGAUUAUGCUUGUGGAGCUGGAGCUGAUUGUACUCCGAUCACUCAAAAUGGUCCUUGUUUUAACCCUAACACUAUCAAAGAUCACUGCAAUUAUGCUGUAAAUAGUUAUUAUCAGAAGAAAGGUGCAGCUGGUGCUAGCUGUGAUUUCAGUGGAACUGCAACUACGAGCCCAAGUCCACCGACUACAACAGGUUCUGGGUGUGUCUACCAAUCUAGUCCUGGUAACACUGGUGGAGGUACCACGACUCCAACAACCGCACCACCUGGAACCACGACUCCAACGAUCGCACCACCAGGAACCACAACGCCAACAAUCGCACCACCAGGAACCACAACGCCAACAAUCGCACCACCAGGAACUACAACUCCAACAAUCGCACCACCAGGAUCCACAAUUCCCACGACUGCACCACCUGGCACAACUACUCCAGGAAUUGGCACUGGAACUGGCACGGGCACAGGAACUGGAACUGGAACUGGAACUGGCAUAGCGACUACACCUGGUGCAAACAAUCCAAUUUUUGGGCUCGGACCAACUGGAGCUGGUGUCGGCACGGACGGCAGUGCAGUAGGGCAUCUCCAAAACAGUAUCUUUUUCACCACUGCCCUUUUGGCUAUAAGCAUUGUGUGCUUGAGGGUCUAAAGUCAAGCAAGAUGAAACGUCAAUAUUUAGGAUCACCUGGGAGAAGAAUCUAUCUUUCUUUAGUUGUUUUCUUCUUCUUUUCUGGUCUUUCUAUCUCAUUAUGGAAAAGUAGGGAAUUGGAUUCCCUUAGUAAUUUUAUGUAGUGCAGAAGAAUCUGAUCCCUGUCCCCUUUAUAGAUUUCUCCCCUUUGUUGUAUAUUAAAUGUAUUAAUUAAUUAUAUAGAGUAGAAGGAAGAGGCUGUAUUUUUUAUUUUAAGAUUAUAAUCAAUGAGAACUCUCUACCCCA